ACUGGGACUUAGACGGAUAUACGGCAGAUUUUUACCAUCUUUUAAGAAGAACGAUCACUUCUGAUUUUUCCAAGGACGAUACGAGUCGCUUGCGGCUCUGUCCAACGUUAGAGCAUUUAGAUCUGUUUUAUGAUGUUCACCUUAACAAUAAGUACAUCAACCCCACACAAUAUCUAAUUAAUCUCUGGACAUUGGCGUCCAUAAAUCCAGAGCCACUGGUCCUACAGAUAUUACCUGCCGAAAGUGGAUGGCCUGUGCUAAAAUAUUUUGGAGCAUGCGGUCGAAUCAUCAUCGAAGAAUAUAUCGGGUUACCGCUUUCCGAUUGUUACGACAAAUCUUGGAUUCAAAGAGCGAAGAUAGCUUCGAGCCUUUUAAAUGCCGCUUAUAUGUUUACUUUCAAAAACGAAAAAUUCGGUUUUUACUUAACGGAUAUAUCGGCUGAUAAUAUUGCCGUUGAUCGUGAAGACGUGGCAAAAUUUAUCGAUUUGGAGAAUAUUAUUGUUGUUGAUAAAAAUAUUUCUCGAGAAGAUGAAUCAAAGAAAUGGCAGAAGAUACACGAGAACACGUUGCGUCUUGAUUGUCCCAACUGUUUUGCAUUUUCUGCUGAGGAUAUUUGCAAUCAUCAUCUAAGUGAUCACAAUUACUAUGCGAUUUGUCAGCUUUUAUUGAAUUCAGGAAAUGAAAACGCAUUUCCCGGUGGAUUUCUUCACGGUGUACCUAUUAAUAUUGAACAGCAAUAUCCAGAUAUUGAGCAUUUGUUGCGACAAUGUGCCGUUCCCAACUCUACUAAUUCCAGAAUAUUUUUUGGGCAGCGCCUUAAGACGCUGUUGGAUACAAUUUUAAGAGAAUUACCUCAAGACGAAUACAACACAUAGUAGCUUAAGUUAUAAGAAUAUCAUGAAAACUCUUUUAGUAUUAUUCUGUUGAACAUUUCAGAUGUGUAUCUUCCUCUUUCUUUUAUAAUCUUUUUCAAAGAAUACCUCAUACAUUUUUUAUACUAUCUGUAAUUUACUAUUAGAUUCCGACUACUUUAUCAGUAACGUUAACACAAUUUUGUAUAAAACAUAGUAUAUAAUC